CCCACCCCCACCCCUCCACGAAGUGACGAAGAGUGUUAAUAACACGAAACGCGAGAUGCAGGAAGAUGAUUUGAGUGAAAAGGGUCUGUUUGUCGCAUCUAUUAUGAGUAGAGUUAGAGACCUAAAAAACAAAUGUAAACAUGAAGAUAAUGUUACAGAUGAACUUAACUUUACUAAAGUAUCAACUGAUACAACAGAUAAUUCUGGAACUGUUAAUCAGAUUAUGAUGACUGCUAAUAAUCCUGAAGAUUGGUUGAGUUUCUUACUCAAAAUGGAGAAAAGGGGCACGUUUCAGACUGACACAAGCUUACUAAAUAGAUUGAUUGGUCGUUACAGCCAAGCAGUUGUAGCACUGUCAGCAGAAAAAUAUAGCCAGAAUGAAAAUUAUGCUCAUAUUCUGGUUAGAUUUGCGGAACUGAAAGCUAUUGAAGAACCAGAAGACGCACGUGAUCAAUUCCAUCUUGCUAGGCUGAACUGCAAGAAAUUUGCUUUUGUCCAUGUAGCUUUUGCACAAUUUGAACUCUCACAAGGAAAUAUCAAGAAAGCAAAACAGUUGCUCGAAAAAGGUGUAGAAUCAAGAGCAGUUCCAGCAGAAAUGUUAGAAAUUGCUCUACGAAACUUAUACUUACAAAAAACGCAACUACUUUCUGUUGAAGAAAAAGAAAAUUUGUCAGGACCAGACUUGCACAAUAUAACUGGAAACUUGCAGAAUAAGAAAAAAAACACUGAUUUUAAUGAGAUCACUACCAGUAUUCCCAGUUUUUUCCAGGGAGAGAAAAAUGAUUCCUCGAGAGAGGCUGAAUUGGUUUUUGGUGGACGCAAACCAUUAACACAAUUAAAUAAGUCUAAUCAGAAAUGUAUGUUUGGGAGAGUUCCUCUUCAAUUAACAAAUGAAAGUGAGAGUAAUACAAAUGAAUCACUGAAGGUGGAAAUUCCUACUGUUGUAAAGAGGCAAACAUCUGGAACUAAUCUGAUCCAGCUACUACAGCCUGAAUCAAACCCUAACCAAAGUGGUCCUUAUCUGCCCAGAGACUUGAAGCCUUUGCCAGUUAGAAAUCUUAUACAUUCAGAUGAAGAGAAUUCAGAAGUUGCUAUGAAUUCAACUCUAACAUUAAAGGAGAAGAAUGAUCCUGUUUAUGUUAAAAAAAGAGAAACUGAAAUACUGCAGGAGGAACCAAGAAUAAUAGAAUCUGCCUGUCUGGAAGGGCAACAGCAGCCCCUUCUUUCUCUUGGAAGUUACCAAAAGGAGCAGGAGCAAUUCAAAUUAAAUUGUCUUGCAUCUAAAAAUAACUGGCCCCACCUUGAAGCACAGUAUAAAAGAAACUCAGAGGGGAAAAACUCAAGUUUUGAACAUGCUGCCUUUCCAGUUCCUAAAAGAUGUUCACCGUCAGAGCAAGUUUCAUGUAUCAUUUCACCAGAGACUGCUUCAGACAGAAAGAGUCAAGCUUUUGUUGGUGGAACACCUCGCAACAGCAUGGUUCAUGAUUAUGUGGCUUGUACUCCAGUUGUAAGAAAUAAUUUUCUAUCUAUGGAUAAGGCAACUACACCAUACAACCAGCUUUCAUAUUUGCAACAUUGUACUCCAACAGCUCCGUUUCAUCUACAGAGUGGAUUUCAG